GCUGCAGCCCAUUUUGAUUUCUGGUGUUAUCUAGAGCUGUAUGGUUGAGUGGCUAUGGUGUAUUUCUCUAAAUUGAAAUGCUUUCUCUUUACAGUUUCUCACUCUCACUUCCACAGCUUUCUUUAAUCUCCAAUAACAACCCCACGCCUCUCCGUUCUCUCCGGUUACCACAUGGAGAAACUCAUUUUUCCAAGAAAACAAUUUCUUGCACUGUUCAUGCAGUAGAGAAAGAUUCACAGCAGUUUGAGAUAGACCCAGAUAAGGCCAGGGAAGCCCUUAAGAAACUUGACCAGCAGCUCCAAGAUCUCUCCAAGAAACAAGUCACCCCUCCAAAAUUAAAAGCUUCAGAAAUGAAAAUAACAAGAGAUCAAACUACAGAAGAAGUGCCUGUGCCGGAGAUUUCAGGGUCUUUCCUAGGAUUUUUUACUGCAGCUCUCUUUCUUUUUACAAUUUUUUAUAAUAUUCUAUACAUUACAGUGAUUGAACCUUCCAUAGAAAGAGCAGAAUGGACUCCUACUACUGAUCUGGAAACUCAAAUCUCCUGAAGUAGCAAUUCUGCAGCUGUUGCCUUAGGCAACUGAUGUGAAGUUUCAUGUGAUGAUCUGGGUGAAAGUAAAUAUUAGUGAAAAAACAAAUGCUUAAAAAGCUAGUUUUUUAUUUUUAA